UUCAGACGCUGGGAGCCUACUAUGAGCAAUACCCUGAUACACCAGUAGUGGGAGUGUACCUAGCGCCGGAGACCUGGUACGUGUUACGGGUGGAUUAUACACCCAGCUGUACACCAUUCCGUUGGAUUAGCAGUGAGAUAGUGCUCCUUUUCCAGGUGGAUUAGUAACGAGAUUGUACUCCAGUGGGAUAAUGACGGACACGAUACUGACAGAGCCGGCCAGUACCGGGGCUCGGUGGAGUUUACUGCAGUUCUCAUUGGUGUGUUGUUAUACGGUCGGGAUACAUGGCACCACCAGUCUCCCUCACUUCUCCUUUAUAUACACAGAGAUGUUUCUGAUUGCCUACUACGUGCUGUUGAUCCUGAUUUGUAUACCGGUGUGCUACGUACAGAUAAAGUUAGGCGCCAUCUACCGGCGGGGUAUAGUGGGGAUCUUCAGCCACCUCAUCCCCAUUCUAAAAGGUUCAGCGGUGGCCAUAUUGUUGAUGACGUAUAUCCGGUCUCUCGUAAACGGCCUUGAACUCAGCUAUUCCCUUUACUACAUGUUCGCGGCUUUCAAGAACGACUCUCUUGGUUUACGGAAUACUGACCCAAACUACGCAUCGAUUCACUUCCACCAAGGGUUUCUGCAGCGUUCCCAACACAUAGGCCAAGGUGGUCACGUGGUCUGGUAUAUAGCCCUCUGUCUCCUGGCGACAUGGAUGGUUACGUACUUGAUGACUUUCAAGGGCUUCCAAGGGCUGGGCAAGAUUGUGUACGGAUUGACGCCUGUCUGUCUCGUUCUGGCCUUCGUAGUGUUCAUGUAUGCGUUCAUCGCCGUCGGACCACCGGACGAGUACACCCCACCAGAAUUCCGUGAAUACCGUGUGGUUCCAUCAAAAAACAACAAAAGUGACGUCAUUGAGGAAGUGGUCCCAAGAGAGACCAGGACCAGGACAUUGUCGGAUCUAGCUCAACCAAAGCCGUGGGUGAGCGCCCUGCUGAUCCACAUGGGCAGUGUUGGACUGUGGGCCGGGAUCCUGCCCUCCAUGGGAGCCCAGCUCUACAACAGCAAGAAAGUCAUCAACGCGUCGUGGAUCAUUCUGCUUGCAAUCUACGGUACACUUCCGGUUCUUCUCAUGUUGGCAUUCGGACAGUUUUUCCAGGCAGACAGUAACUCUGGUUUCAUAGCAGUGGCCAAUGGGGUCAAACCAGGACUUUCACACCUACUGGUAGGGAUGUACGGCAAGCUGCGCCACCUACCGUUCGUUGCGUUCAGUGUCUACCUGAUCUCCUUCCUGUUCGGCAUCGUUCAUCAGGCCGUCCACCUCGUCACGAUCUGGGAAACGCUUCUCCCCGUCAUACCUCUCCAAGUGAUGAGGAUCGUCAGACGUCGGGAGUGCCUCGUCGCCAUCGCCUGUACUGUCUCCUUCAUCGUUAGUCUGCCGUUUGCAUCACAGGCCGGAAUUUUCAUCUACAUGGUUGUGAACAGCUACGUUGAUCGUCUUAUCUUCGUUGUCAUCAUCAUCAGUAUGGUACCAUUCAUUACCGGCUACAUCAAACAGGAAUGCCUGUAUCUACCGAUAGAGCGCGCUUGUAUGAGUCUGUGGUACGGACUGUCAUCCUUAGUUCCCUCGGCCAUGCUGAUUUACUACUGUGCUGUGUACGUAUACCCGUUCCCUGUAGUGGGGUACGACCAGAGAGAGGCUGAGAUGGUGGGAUGGUUUAUCGCAGCCUCGCCUAUCAUUCUGGGACUCAUAUUCGGGGCGGUACAUGCAGUUUUUAACGAGAAGGGGACGUUACGUCAGCGCUGUCUCCAGGCCAUAAAGACGGACAGCUUGCGGACAACAGACAGUACAAAUGAUUACGACAUAUCCGAAACAACUAACACUGGUCUACAUCCCUCAAAACCAGCCAGUCAUACCAACACGCUCGAAAAAACGGAAACGGAAGUCGUAAUGAAAGCUCCUGACAACAACACGGAUGUCGCAAAGAUUUAAAACAUCUCGCAGACAAGGAUGCGUUCUUAAAAGUAUAAAGAUGUUUUGUUGAACUUUAGUUUUGUACCGAGUGUUUUACCCUGCGUGUAAAUAGUAUGACUUUUUGAUGUUAUAAAAAGGAGCGAAUUAGGGAUAGAACUCUACUCUCAAAGGCGCCUAUCACGUGACCGGGACUCAGUGUGUGUGUUAGGAGUGGGAAUGGGACGGGGGACGGGUGUGAAAAUAGUGGGGUGUAAAAAUUGUGUAUCGUGCUGACAUGUUUUCUUAACUGAAACUCUUAUCACUAAUGUAGACAUUUGAGUUCAUAAUCUUAGCCGCAUAACUAUCAACAAAACUUGUACAGUGUAGCUGUCCAAAGUCUCGCCGUGUAUUAUUAAGAAUCCGCGGCAUUCCUUUAGAGUAAGUAUUGAUUUAGAAGUUUACGUCUUACUGGGACAACAUUCCUACAAGAUAAGACAUUCCCGUUCUAGUUUACCUGACCCUACAUUUAGCCCAAUGAGCUUUUCGGAUACUUGGCGUCGGCGUCGACUAGGCAUCUUGUGGCCUGCGUGUCGACUGGACGUCGGCGGUUCAUUGGCGUCGGUACGGCUUUUUAGUGGGCGUCGUUCGUUACUUGGCAUUUGCCCAGUGACUGUGAUAUGUUCACUGUAUAGAGUUAUUAAUGGGAACCAAUCGAAAAAAGGGAAAAAUAACAGGAUUUCUUCCCUAUCUUUGAUAUACUGAUUGUUUUUGUAAAUAACAUAUAAGUAGGAGUUCACUAAUUUUAGAAUAGUGUUUUCUCACCUAAUCAAGAUUCCCUUUUUAAUUAUUGUUGCUAUUUGUCUGUAUAUAUAAUAUGCAUUGUUGGUGCUGUAUGACGACAUUCCUUAAUGAAGUGCAGUAUGUGGCGUUAUUACAAUGACUAACACGUUACAUUCAUCUGGCUGAGACGGGUGCGCGAGGUGCUUUAUGUCAUUCAUUCCCAUUAAAUACUGGAUCAUCCUAGAGACAAAAUGUAGUGCAAGUCGUCGGGAUUGUAAACUUAUAUGCUGAAAUAUUAUUUACAAGUGAACACAGACGAAUGAAAUUUGGAUUUUGUUAGAAAUUGUUCAUACGGCUGAAAAUCAGCAUUUGUGUGAACUGCUCAGCACGUUGUUUUGAUUUAUGCAUGUGAAUAAUGCUUAUCUAAGUAUACGGUGAAGAUAUGUACAAACACGUAGAGUGUGUCAACAACACUGCGAUCUCUACAGUCAUAUGUGAUGGAGAGAGAAACUGAUCUAAGGUAGAUAACUCUCACUUCAACAAUUUUUAUGUUCUGACAUUUGUGACUUUCCCUUACAUGCCAUAUCAAUGUCUAAGGAUUAUCUCACCCUUUUUUGAUAAACGUCGCUAUAGGUGAUGUGACGUGCACGAUGACUUUUACCUGUUGACGUUUGACAGUAUAUCAAUGUUACCUGUUAAUUAUGUAUUCUUUUUGUAUCGUCAUAGUGUCAUAGUGUGUAAAUCUGUACAAUGUUUAUGAAUGUAUAUUUCACGAGUUAAAUUAUUAUACCAUCCGUGUUUGAAAUAAAAUUCUGUUUUAACGACUUCUUGAAAAAGUACAUGUAAGUUAUAACACAAAGAUUUGGCUGUAUGAUGAAAGAACUGAAGUUACCUAACUAUUUAUUCCACACUUAGACUUAAACAUAAUGUUUCGGAUGUAUCUUUAAUUUGAUCAGAUAAAACUUUUUCUCCGCUAGUCAUCGCUAAUUGUUCACUCCGCUAGUCAUCGCUCGUUGUUCACUCCGCUAGUCAUCGCUCGUUGUUGAGAACUGCCAUUUUUGGCGAGAUUCUGAUCAGCAAGCGCUGAUUGGUCAGAUUUUCGGAAUUCCCUAUUGGUAACACUGAAGCUUUGGUGGUGGUUUGGGAGUCAAUUUGAAAACAUUUUACUUAAAAAGAUCCACAGAAUAUUAUAAUGUUUUGGGCUCUAUGUCCUUCUUCAAUCUCGCCGAAGGAAAGUUGUCUUGACAAUUUUACCGACGUGAGACUGAAGGAGGGCAGGAUCUCAAAACAAACAAAAUGUAUAAAUAAUAUUCUAUGGAAAUCCUUGAAAGAUAUUGUUUUCCUUCGGAGUCUUUUCAAAGUUUCAUUUAACGCCAAAUGAAUAGUUCCUUAAAUAUGUGUCGUCAGCUAGCGGGGCCCUGUUAUCGUCGCUGGUGUAAGGUUGGACGUAACGUUCACGUCGAGCGUCUGUUUUAUAAACAAUCUUGAUUUGAACAAUCAAUGUACGUACAACCAACAGUUUAUAGCUGUUUUCAAUGUUCACAACAAUAAGUAUAGUGAGAGUUUGUGGCCAAACUAAAGAACAUGAAACUAGAUAGGAGUUACAUGUAAGUUCGAAACAGAAAUGUGAAUGUUUCCGUUCAUCUCAUGGAAAGGAAUCUCCCCGUUGGAUGUAUAAAAGUCAGGCAAUCAUAAUAGCAGGAUUGGUAGAGGAAGGUAUAACAGAUCAAAAUCUACCAGAUAAAACAACAUCUAUUGUAUUCACGGUUUUUUUUUUAGCUCACCUGG